CGCUGUCACGAAAGCUUCAGACAUCUCACGGAGCAGAACAACUCUACACUGCCGACCACUGCCCCUACGCGUCAGACAACCAUCGGAGACAACCGUUGCCGUUGCAGACCGCUACGCGAGGUAUCGGUACUGGUUCGCCUGCUCAGAAACAUACACAGCAUUGGGAGUCAUCUACGCACAGUAGAAGACAAUUCUAUCUUCACCUGCUCUCCCCGCUCGAGAUACUCUCGCUGUGGACGCGGAGAAGAUAUAGGUAAGAUAAAGGACAUGUUUCCAGGAGUGAGAAUGUGAGUGUCUUGCUUCAUCUUCCUUUGUCUACCUCGAUAAGGUGCUCAAUGCGCUGCUUCACAACUUUUGGGUUCGGACGGAAGAAACUGUCGGCCAGAAACGUCAGGGAGAGAAGUAAAACUCAAGCAGAACUUUCAAAAAUGUCGUCUACCUCAGCUGCUGCAGAACUUCAGUCACCAACUGCUGGUGGCCGAGUGUCUGCAGACAGAGAAGAAAGAAGGGCCAUAGAUAGUACUUUCCGGUCAAUCUGGAAACGUUGAAAGAGCGGGGUGUACCUUCCGUGCUUUCAUGAUGCGCACGAUUGCAGCUUCGAUCGCAAUAGACCGAUCCUAAGGACGAACAUCGAGAAAAAGACAAACUGAGCGUUAUUACGGCAACAGCGCUUAUAGAGUCUGAAUAUAACCUCCUCGACGCGUUCUGCCGUGCAACCAAAGAAACAAAGUUUAUCAUUGCUUGUGACUGCAAGUUCGGGGGCGUACCGCGAUUGUGAGUUUCUUCGAAGGUAGGUGCCGGUAUCUUCAGCUUUCUGUGGGGACACUGAAAGUUAUCGUUCGGCUUGAAUACGUCCUCUGCACUUAUCUGUUGAGCCAUGGAGCCGGUGUGAGGGAGAAGUGUUUGAGUGUUUGCUGAUCAGCGGACAUAUGUACCGAUUUCUGAUCUGAGUUGUCGGGGUCAGCCUUCACCAGAAUCUUGAACUUGCCAAAACUCAGCGUCGCCACCAGCUUCUUGGCGAAUGAUUCGUCGAUCUUCAGCAGCUUGGUGAUCAUCUCGAACGACAGCGUCUCGUGUGUCUUGAAGAGGAGCAGGAUGCACGCCUGGUAGCUGCAUUUGUAGCAGCGUGGCACAGGUGUCCGGAAAGUCAGGCGAAAGGUGCACAACGUCACCUGUUUGUGAUAAGAUCGUGGCGUUUUUGCAAAUGGGCACUGACUACAGCCGAUCCUGCAAAGGAUACAAAACAAAUUUUCUUACUGCGUGAAGCGGGAUGGGUCCAUGCUUGUGUAUACCUAGCGUGUGAAUCCUGUCCAGACAGAAGGGAAAAAAUGAGGUAAUUCUCAAUGGCAAGGAACCCUUCUGUUGAUUUACCAAGUCAGUCGGCGGUGCUGUGUUUUGACUGCAUCAAGGAGAGGAACGAACAGUGGUGAGGGAACACGUGACAAGGAAGCUUUUUCCCCACCUGCGUAGAACGUGUGAAAGACGCCCAUCGCCUGAAUGAAAAGAACGAAGGCGCAUAUACGGAAAUGGCGACGAGACCGAGACCUCAACGGUCCAACUUUACCUUUUGCAUCUCCGGCGCAAGUGUGACCUGCACAUGAGUGACCAGUCACCCCGGCGCAAGCACGUGAAGGAUUGUGCCGUGGUGCGUGGUGAAGAUGUGCUGGAUUUGCAGCGUGCCUUACAUCGUGAGUCUGGUAAGAGGGCCAAUAGCCCGUCGUCAGAACUUGGACCUGCAGGAAGAGCCACAGCAACGAACGCCUCCACGCCUCCACGCCUGCAUGCGCCACCUGGGCCGAGACAGGGGCUACACUUACCUGGAAGUCAAUCCCGCCGAGGGCCGCGUUUUUGUCGUUGAGUUGGUUGCAGUGGUCCUGAAACUCCCGCUGCGUCUCCUGUGGGAUUAGAAGCCACAGAUAGUGGCAAAGAUUGCCAGUGUGCACAGCUGGGACCCAUCGCAUCCUUCUCACAGCUGCUAGGGACAGGUCGGUGAUCAUGCCCUCCAGCUUCGACGUGAACUGUGCACCGCAUCUGCAACCACGCAUAAAAAUUGCAUUGGUUUCUUGAAGACGAUUUUCACGUUGCUCACUUCAACUUCAGCUUUGCGAUCAUGCUUCGUUCCGCGUCAUCGGAGGCGCUGGUCUCGUACAACAAGCGCUUCGCCAGCUGGUUCCUGUCAGAAGACGGGCGGGAGCUUUCAUGAAGAGACAGCUGUCGCGUGCCAAUGGGAAAACCUGUAGAUGUCUGCGAACAGAUCCUUGUCCGUCAAAUAUGAGAACAGCUCAACGAUCUUGUUGAGCGAUGUCUCAACUUGUUCCUCAGACAACUUGUCACCUGAUCGAGGGGACACUCACGAUGACUCACGCCACACUACCAUCGCAACCGCCUUACCAGACUUGCGAAGGAUACGGUCGCAGAACGUUGACAUCAGUUGCGCAAACGAGUACUUGCCGACCUCCUGAUUGAUGAACGUCUCAAACGCUGAACAGGUGAACGAAUGCGAGGUGAUGAAAGUCAUCACCCAGGGUCAAUCGACGAGUUCUCCCCCAUGGUUACCUUCUUUCAGAGCCUUCUGGAAAAUUGAAUCGGAUCCGAAGCACUCUGUGACCGUGGACUUAUGCUUGUCAUGCAGAUCCUGUGACGAGCGUUUGUCAAGUGAAAAUGACUCAAGCCCUGCGAGAAACGUGCUUCGGGCUCACCAGCAUGCUCUGGAUGAAGGAUGGGUCCUGAUACACAAUGUAAAAGAUCAAAUAGAUCAGAUAUCUGUUUUUCUCACUUGUUCUUCUUCCAAGGGGUGGAUUGUGCGUACCGAAACGUCUGCUUUGGUGGCGUUCUUGAGUUGCUCCACCUUCUCGUCGACCACCGCCGUGCCGCGACCCUUGACAUACUCGCAGAACUGCUUGGCCACAGGCGCCAGCCCUGAUAAGAGCCCCGAUCAGGAUCAAAGGGUAAUGUGCCUGUUCGGUCUGCUUCACUGCCUGCCAUACCAUCCUCGACCAGCGAGAAGAGUCUGUGCAUUCUCGUCAUGUCCUGGCACAGACAGGACGCGACGCGUUAAUUCGUUUCAAGAGGGAAGCAACGCGACUCUGUACCUCGGUCUUGUCAUUGGACAACAGGAACGACAGCGACGUCUCUUUCUCCUAAUUGCCCGCAAUUGCAGCGUAAACCCCAACAGAUUGGGAUCAAGUACCAAGAUUGGACGUUUCAGCUCUACUGACCAGCAGACGCAUCUGUGGCUGCGCUAGAAGUGCUUGUAUGACGACGCUCUUCAGCUUGACGUUAGUGGACCUGGCAUGAAGCAGCGUCUCUUUUAGUUUCCCAGUCUCCAAUUCCAUCAUGCUCACCUGUGGAGGUACCGGUUGACGCGAUCCUCUUCUGACUUUAAUGCCUCCUGCAAGUGGACGGAACUACUGUGCUUGGAUGGAAAGGCGACUGCCCUCUUUCAUACCUCCACUUUCCGCAGGUAUUCGGGAAAACUGUCCUCCGAGAUCCAUCCAGACGACUGCCGUGUGAAGUGUUCUUGACUUGCGGGCAGGAAUUGCUCCUACAGAGGCCAAGAUGCCGAUUACAUGCAUGAUUGGGCAGUAGAAUACGGCUCACCUCAAACUCCCGUGUGUACACCUGUGGGCGAACGACCAUAGAACACUUAGGUGUACACACGGGAUGUUCAGUGGAUUGGGCUUACGUCCAGACUGCCGUUUCCGAGUCCAAUGUACAUGUCGAUAACGCCUGUACAUGUCGGUAACAUGGUUUCACACUAAGGAUGAGCUUGGGUCAGAGUAAUGAGUGUCUAUACCCUUGAUCAGCUCCUGGUCGAUCUUGUCCCCUGCAAUGAAACACAGUUGGACGCAUAUGUAUGCUCUGUGGGCUUCUCGCUGGCAAGGGCGCUUGUCAACCUGUGCGCUCUCGGUUGAUGCACGCCAGGAUGGCGUUUCGUACAUCUUUCUUCACCUCCUCGAACACCUGAAACCGGAUAAGCCAGCAGCUAAGGUGAUCUGAGGUGCGUCUACGAAUGGGUGUCUCACGAGUUGGUAGAAGAUGGAAAUCCCACGCUGAUGCAAAGGCUCGACGCUCUGCAGCUUGACGUAGUAUCGGUCCUGCAGCCAAGCGUGAAUCAGCACUCCAGUAAGCAAAUGGAAAGGAUAGGCCAUGCCAGCUGACGUACCAGGUACGUGAAGAAGCGAUCCAUCCACUUGAUGUACAUCUUGUGGUUCUCCCAGCGUUUCAACAGCUCCUGAAGCAGGUAGACGUCUUCACGCUGCUUGAGCGCCGGCAAAAUCUACAGCAGGCAUAGCGAUGGGGGCAUCAGUGCGUACUCCAGUGAUUGAUUGCCGUGUGCACCUCAUUUACCUUCUCCUUCACGUAUUUCGAGAUAGACUCCCCAUACCGCUUGUAUAGCUGCUCUGACCAGUUGUUGGGUGUCCGCUGCGUACACAUGUUAUAGACCGUCCUGUAGGGGCAAGAGGAGAGCAGUGCGGCACCAGUGAUGCACCUCGCCCUGUCCUCCAUCUGGCACUCACGUGUACAUCUCUGAGUACUCGGCCCUUGUGAAGAUGGCACAUUUGCGUGCGUCCCCUGCAGCAGCAGCAGAUGAGUUCGACGAACCACCGGCGACCUCUCGAGUCUUCCCGGUAUCCAGGUACUCCUCGAGCACCCUGAUGCCGUUCUCGUUGAGGGUCCGCCAUCCUGAAAGAGCGUGCGUCAGACAAGCACUGAGCUUGGGGCGCUUGGGGCGGUUGGUGGUCGAAGCGAGGUCUGCGUACCUGACUCAAGUGGGACGAUGGACAUGCUUGCUUCGCGCUUGGCCACACCGCGUCUUGUCUAUGGCGUCAACCGUGUGAGGCCGGGCAAGUUCCGAGGCAGAACAGAACGAGAUCCGCAAGCGCGACACUCGCUACUGAUUUGAAUGCACACGAUAUGAAUGUGGCACUUCUCCAGGAACGAACGAACGCCUCAGAGAAGGCACGCGACUGGCCCGCCGGAAAGAGUCUGCCACACACAGAGAAGGGGGGGAUCGG